AUACACAUGUGUGUACCUCUCUAUGUGUAUGCGUGUGGCUAGAGGAAAGUGGUGAGGAAGUGGAAAAUGUGACGAUUCACAACUUUUACCAAGACUGUGGCACAAUUCUUUUCCAAUUUUUCACGCAUAUCCUAUAAAUAGAGGAGACCCGAGUGAGUGGAGUGCAUGAGCCGGCAGUCGUUCGCUCACACACAAACACACACAUAUGACCAUGCGAGACGAAGUAGUGAGGAGUUGAAUACUGUGCAUAAGUGUAUCCACUUGCCUGCGCCCUUAGUGCUCCACCCGUACGAUGUGGAUGAAGUUACCGCUCAUCACUUGUUGUGCACGAAUGUACGAUCCGGUUGGAGGUUAAUGUGCGUCCGUAAAGCAUUGCGGAAGAAGCGCAAAACCUGGUGCAGUUUUGUGCCCUUUUGUGGUUUGGUAGAUGUUGGUAUGGGUGAAAAAGCUGACGAUGGCCUGACAGGGGAAGGAAACAAUGGUUGUGACCGUGUAGAGUACGGUGCAGAGAACGAAGGUGGCUAAAAAUAGUCUUUCCCGUGCGCCCGACGGGGAUGACGGCGAUUAGAAGUGGCCUAACGUGUACGUGUUUGAAUCACACCAGACCAGUGAACCGUCGAGCAUAUGUGUGUACCGUGAGCAGAAGUAGGGCACCAGAAGUUUUGCUGCAGUUGCGAUGCGCAAUGGAGAACAUGCCGAAAAUUUCUGUGGGGGGGGGAGGUUUGUGUGUGCCAGAUGUAUGUGUAGAAGGUGCAACAGAAUAGUUUCCAUAUCCUAACCGUAUAGACACGCACACAGAUAGACAGGAUGUCGGAUACGGAGGCGGAUGCACAGGCCAGCACGAACGGUGGUAAUACGACGAACGGUACGGCGCAACCACUAUUGCCCUCACAAAAGGUGCUGGAGGAGGAGGAAGCCGAACGACUGGCUGAGGAAGAACGUAAGCGUAACCGUGAGCCACCGAUCAUCUUUACCGAGGUUGAUUCUAAGCUGGAACUGGAGCGCCUGGUUGACUUUGUCGAUGGAAAGCUGUCGGAGGACGAGCAGGAAGCGGUAGACCAGCUGCAUCAGUACCUAUUGCUCGGCGAAGGUGCCUGGACGUUCGGUGACUGUUUUCUUGUGUUUGUGGGACGUAUCUUCCGCGACCAGGAGUGUUUCUCGACAGAUGUGCGUGUGCAUCUGCUGCGGGCGCUCGCGAAUGCCGCACUGAAGGAGGACAUCAUACUGCUGCUGCACCAGGACCGGAAGGAGCAUGUGCUGAUGAACUUUGCCCAGGACAUUGAUCGGCAUCCGCCCGAGGAGCAGCAAUCGAUCGCACUAUUUAUGUGCAACUUGUUCGAGAAUAAUAACGCAUCCGAGUGGUUGCUCUACAUCUCAGAGUGGAACUACAAUGGUCUGACAACGUCUAAUAUCCGCGCGACGACAAAGGUGGCCGUACAUUGUCUGCUAGCGACCUGUCCCCGAUUGCAAGAUAUCGGCACAGCGCUCGUGCACAACGUCGCCUGCAAGGAGGUGAAGACGGUCGUGUUCGAUGACGUUGCCGUAGAGAUCUCGAUGGCGUUGCUGCAAUUCUUCAACAGCUCCCCAACGGAGGAACAUCUCUUCCGCACGAUGAAAGCGUUGGCCAAGUUCGUGCAGGUAUCACCAGAUGUGCCGCAAUUUGUGCAAAUGAUUGGACCACAUCCCAAGAACUUUAAGGGCAAAAGUGAACGGGUCGACGGACUGAUCGAGCAGAUCAGCAAGAAGAUACGCUAGUCUUCCUGCUUACUCCCACUCUCCCAGCUUUCCAAUCCACUUUCGUGUGGUGUUUUGUUUCACCGGAGGGCAGUAUCAGCCAUCCUGUGUGCGCGUGUCUGCAGCGCUCUGCAAAAGGUAAUGAUCGAACCCGACCGAACAUGAACAGGAUCUCCCUAUCCAGUAAUCAUGCACACCUUACUUUAACAUAGGCACACAAUUUUAAACAAGAUACAUAACAAUGUUUCGCCCCGAGCUAACUACCUUUUGAGCUAAGUCGCUAGUACAGCGUCCAUUUCGCUUAGACGCGUUCAGGCAUAAUGAUGAAAUUAGUAGAACAUUUGCAAAAGAAAGAGAGAGAGAGAGACACAGAGAGACAGCGAGAGGGAGAAAGAGAGCGAACGACCGAUAAACUAAUGAAUAUCUUCCCGGUGCAAGUAGAAUGUAGGGAUGAGUGACAUGAUCAAACGUCUGAUUGAAGACGUUAGCGUUAAAUUGCUGAUAAAACAAACCAACAACACAAAAAAAACCUGCGUAAAUGAAUAAACUUAAUGUAACCAGUACUACUUAUGAUUAAAACGGAUCGUUUUACUAUUUGCUA